GCAGGCACGCCGGUCCAUAGCGCCACGCGGAGAGACUACAACGCGUGGAGCCUCCGGCCCGAGCCGUCAUUCGACAACAUGAGCGGCUACUUGCAGGACCUCGAUGAGCGCCAACAAACUGUGCUGGAACGGUUCCGCGACGCGGUGGCAGACGUACGGAGGCCGGAGCACACAGACGCCAACCUACUGAGAUGGCUGAGAGCGCGCGAUUUCGACCUGGACCGGGCGGAGCAAAUGUAUCGACAGCACCUGCGAUGGCGCCAACAGAACCACGUGGAUACACUCCUGACGGACUACGAGGCGUCCAAGGUGAUCCGCGAUCACUUUCCGGGCGGCAUCCUGGACUGCAGUAAGAAGGGAAACCCCGUCUGGCUGGUAAAUAUCGGCAGCGUGGACAUAAAGGGUUUUCUUCAGGUCCAACCUCCGACGGAAAUUCACCGCCACUGCAUGUACCUGCUCGAACUGCAGGAGAAGAUCAAGAAGGACUCCUCUCGCAAGUUGGGAAAGGAGAUCGAGACCCAGUACGUGAUCAUGGACUACGAGGGCUUUUCAGUACGACAGCUCUACUCCUGGCAAGUGCUCAACCUUCUGACUGAUUUGCUCAAGAUGUACGAAGCAAACUUUCCGGAGUCCCUUGAAAAGGCAUUCGUCAUCAAUGUACCCAGUUUCUUCCCGAUACUGUGGAAAAUAAUGCGGCCGCUUUUGACGCAGAGGACGGUGGACAAGAUUGGCAUCUACGGAAAAGACGGUUGGAAGGCCGCCAUGGCCGAGUUCAUGGAUUUGUCCAAGCUGCCGGCCCACUGGGGAGGCACCCUGACGGGACCAGACGGCGACCCGCGCUGCCCGCACUUGGUGUGUCCUGGCGGCGAGGUUCCGGACGAGUACCGCGACGAGCUGGCCUCCAAGAAGAUCUACGGCCGCGAUGGCGUGCCGCACUUCACCGUGGAGCGGCGCGGUCGCUUCGAGAUGCCGUUCACCGUGGAGCAGCCCGGCAGCCGGAUCCGGUGGACCUUCCAGACGGCCAAGGGAGACCUCGGCUUCGGAGUUCGCUACCAGCCUCCUUCCACCGGCGGAGAAGGCGUGGAGGAGCAGAUGCUCGAGGUGCACCGGGUGCCCUCCUGCAGUCUCGUGCCAGAGCACGGAUCUCACGUCUGUACGAAGCGCGGAACGUACGUGUUGCAGUUCGACAAUUCUUUCAGCUGGAUGAGCAGCAAGGACGUGGCGUACGAGAUAGAGAUCGUGCCGCCACCGCACCCUGCCAGCUGAUCUGGGAACUGAUGGGCCUGCUGAAGAGCGCAGAAACACAGAGAGCCUAUUUUUGUACAAGUAUACAGCGAUAAAUCGUAAUCUCGGCCAUGCAUUGUUCAGCCACUGGAUGCAUGACCACAAGGUGUAAA